GUUCCCCAUCAGUCGAUUGAAAUCUCGUUUAUCCAUCAAUCACCAAAAUCUCAAUUACAAAAAUGAAAGAGAUUUGGGGUUAGGAAUUAAGGGAUCUGGGGUUAGGAAUCACCAAAAUCUCUGUUACAAAAACUAAUUUUCAAUCGAUUGACACCGAGACACUUCCUUUGCGUUUUGAUAAUUGGUAUGGUAUCCCCAAGUAGGGAGCGUUGGUCCUUAUCUGAUUAGCUCGUGGACAGCUUCACUUUCGAUUGGUGCUCGCAUCGCUGGGAUUUUUGGUAGAAAAAAAAUGGGGGAUGUUGGUUCCGUUCUUCUGCUAGUGAUGCUCAAAUGCGCAUCUCACUGUUUAUAUGAGUAUGUUAUUAACACUUGGUUUGACUAUUAGUCUGUUCUCAUGUAAAUAGGAAACUGGAAUGCUCUACCCCGUGGUAUUAGAGAAUUCGUGACUGAUGAAUUUUUUUAAGCCCGUGUGCGCUCUGCUGGUCAACCUUUUUUCAAGUCUGGUGCUAGCAAUUGCUAUGUCAGUCGAGGAGCAUGCCAGAUUAGCACUAGGUUUAUCGUAGUAUUGGAAGAUGAUGAGUCAGCAACAUGUUUCUGGCAUGCUGACUCAGAACAUAUGCAAUGUUGCACAACAGGUGCCAUGUUCUAUUUGCAGGGUUUUUUUUUCUUCUUUUUAUGACAGCAGUUUCUUCCUAUUGGAAGGCAACCAUUAUGACUGUUUUUGGAACUUGUCACUAUGAUUAGAAUUGUGAUCUUGUAUGAUGGCCUUGCUAUUUUGAUUAAUGUGUGUUUUGACUAAUGGUUUGUCACUCUGUUCAGGAGGAUCUGUGGUCGUCUGCUUUUCCUGUUGGGACUGAGUGGGAAAACAUUGAUAUUGAUAAGAUAAAGGAAUUCAAUUGGAACUUCGAAAAUUUAGAGAAAACACUAGAGGAAGGGGGGGAACUAUAUGGGAAGACGGUUUACUUGUUUGGAAGCACGGAGCCACAACUAUUCGAUGUUAAUGGUGAAUUCAAGAUAGUGGUUGUUCCGGUUAUAGUUGCUGUUGACUGUCCUUUUCCUCCAUCAGAUAAGAUUGCCAUAAAUUUUGUUCGAACGGGAAAAGAAGAAAUAGUACCAAUGAAAGAGAUGAAGAUGUCAUGGGUGCCUUAUGUUCCUCUUCAGGACCGGAUUGGCAGGAUUGGAAGUUUGAAAACAAAAAUCUUCACUCUCUGUUGCACCCAGCGGAGGUCUGCGCAAACUGAGAGAGCCAACAAGUUCUACUACUACACGCCCUACAUGCCACUAAAUCCUCCUGAAGAUGAAGAUGGCACAGUUGUCCGCGUCAUAUAUCCUCUAGAUCCCCCGAUAGUUUGUGAUUUUGACUUGGAAUGGGAUGAUUACAAGGUUUUAGCUCAUAAGCUAGUCAAAGACGAGGGGUUGCCAGAGGAUGAGAGGGAAAAAAUUGAGGAAUUUCUAAAGGAGAAGGUUAAACAAGGGAAAAUAGAACUGGAACAGGCUGAAGAAGUACGGAAGAAAGCUAUUGAAGAUAUGGACCCUAAGCAAAGAGAGGCAUUUGAAAACAUGAAACUUUACAAAUUCUAUCCUGUGAAUACCCCGGAUACACCUGAUGUUAACAAUAUGAAGUCGAGGUACAUCAACAGAUAUUAUGGUGGCGCGCAUUAUCUGAUGUAAUGGUGUUCCUGAUCUCACAUGUUUGCUAAACUGUGAUUGAUUAAUCUAUCCAACUUGAAGAGUUCUUGUUAUGGAAGCUGGGUAGAUGAGCUUGGUGACAUAAGAGUGUAGUCUCGUGUUGGUCUAUUAGAUACAAUGUUGCAUCUGAACUCAGUUGUAAUGGAGCUACUGUCACUUGUCUGACCAUCCCGUAGGCAUUGAUUUGUUUAACAUCCUGAGCUAACCAAGGAACCUCCUGACCGAUUUCAUCGGCAA